GAGGAGAAACACAAGCGCUGGAAAUGGCUGGAGUCGCAACCCCAACCGAUGAAACUCGACAGAAAAUCGAGGAAAAUAAGGAAAACAUUGAGGAACUUCGAAGGAAAUUUUUUGAAGAAAAUGCUCAAGAUGACCCAGAGUUUGAUGCGAGAGAUUUGGACUGGAUCCGAAGCUCUGAUGCCUACAUGUAUCAUGUCCUUCUCAUUGGAAAGAUGAACCUUGAUAUUGCUCUGGAAAAACUCACCAGGAUAUUGAAAUGGAGGAAAGAAUAUGGAGUGAACGACCUUACCUUUGACUCCUUCCCUGAAUAUCUCCAACAAAUGGGUGGUUUAUAUUCUCAUGCAACAGACAAGAAUGGGCAUAGAAUCUUAUGGUACCGGGUAAAGCACUAUCAGAAGGGUCCUGAGAAUCAGAUGUGGGCUAAAAAGAUGACUGUUUACUGGUUGAACAAACUACAGAAAGAAGAUCCAGAGAACAGGAUUGUAGUAUUAGAGGAUAUGACAGGUGCAGGAGUAUCAAAUAUGGAUAUAGAUUUGAUUAGAUUCAAGAUCCAGUGCUUUGAGCUAUACUUUCCAGCUCUAGUUGAGAUGCUGUAUAUCUAUGAUAUGCCUUGGAUACUUAACACUCUAUGGAAGAUUGUUGAGAAGAUCCUCUCCCAGCAAGCCAGAGAACACAUCAAGUUUAUCAGAGGGAAAGAGGUUCAGACCUACAUGGAUCCAGAAUCAUUACCAGCACAUAUGGGCGGCACAGAUCCCUAUGAGUGGGUCUACGUCCCUGAAGAUCAUGAGGUGGAGGAUGCAGGCGAAGAGAUGGAGGAUGAUGAUGAGGAGAAGAUUGGAGAUGCGUCUUUCAGAUCAUUGGAUGGUGACGGAGAUCCAUCUCUCUUACCCAUUGUUAAUGCAGCUCGGUCGUUAAGACAACCUAGGCAACCAAAAAAGGUUCACUUUCAAGAUGAUGUUGAUGGCAAGGAAAAUGUUGAUCCAGAUCAUUCGUCAUCAGGUAGAAAAAUUCAACGGAAACUUGGCAGCCACCGUAGAAAACCAAAGAUUAUGGAAGCACAUGCUGGGCCAUUAGUGACCAUUAGGCCUGGUGAACUACUUGUCUUUGCACCUCCUGCUAGUAUAUCAGGUUCAGAGGGGAUUUCAGCCAGCUUAACCAUCACUAAUACCACCGAUAAGAAGGUUGCUUACAAGAUGAAGAUAACUACUCCGGAGAGGUAUAAAGUUAGGCCUAGUAUGGGUCCUAUCAACCCAGGCUCUUCAAUACAUAUUACAAUUACACUUCUCUCAGGUCCCGGAGAGUAUGUGGUAAGAGAUAAGUUCUUAAUCAUGAGCAGUGAUCCUGGUGAUGCAUCGUUUAAAACCACCUCAGAAAUCACAUACUUCUGGAAGAAUGUUCAAACAGAAAAUGUUGUGGAGCACAGGAUGAGUUGCAUAUUUAAUCCCUUGAAGAGCUCUAAAGGAGAACCAUCACAUCCAACAGAUAAGAAUAUGCAGAAUGUACUUGAUAAGUUAAAAUCAAUGGAAGAGCAGAUGAGUGAAUUAAGGAGUCAGAAUUCUAGAAUGAUCUGGUUACAGAGUUUACUCUUCUUCAUCAUCAUGUUAGUCUUCCUUUAUGUCUUCAUUUUCAAAACCAACGAGGGCGCUGUUCUUUCUCCUGCUCCUCCGUCACCUUGCUCUGAGGCCACUGAGAAGUUCUUACGAGGAGCGAGAGAAGGCUUGUAAUUAAUAAAAAUCUUCAGAGUGUGUUGGACGUAGAUUUGUAUUGACAUGAAUUAGACUGAUCUAUGGCAGGUCAUUUACUGCUAUUAGGUUGGAUUUAACCAUUGCAAGCCAUUCCAGGGUAUUAAGGUUUCAAGUUCUUCAGACUGAUAAUAGUAUGAUUUGAAUGAAUGAUUUUUUUUUUCUUUUCCACUAAACCUUACAUAAAAAGAGUGUUACAUUACAUUAUCAAUCCAACUUUGCCACAUGCAAAAUCUUUUUUUUUUCAUUUCCAAUAAACCUUACAUAAAAACAGUGUAACAUUACAUUAUCAAUCCAACUAUGCCACAUGCAAAAUUACAGAUCACAAUUUUUGAAAGUGCAAAUGGUGCAGAUUAAUUUUUAUUUAAUUUACUUUAUUCUUACCUGUUCCUUUUUCUUUUCUACACCUUUUUCCUUUGUCUUUUCUCAUUUUUUUUUACCUUUUCCUUUCUAAGACUACUUUUGAUGUUGAUGAAGGUGGCAUCUCUACAUCAUGAAUAUGGAGUAGUGAGUCAACAUUUCUUUUUUAUUUUGUGAUAUAAACUUAUGUAAAAUUUUA